AUAAAUGAAUGGCCCCGUCUUGACCUGGGAGGCCAUAGAAUGGAUGACUUGGAAGGUAAAAUCUAAAAAAAUUCGGAUUAGCCAGAUGAAGACAGAAUCUAAGCCUGUUCUAUUCCCCACUCCCUGCCCCAAUCGACAGGUUCAACCUAUUAGUGGCUUAUGAUGUAAAUUUAGUGAGUUGCAACCAGCAUUUUUUUUUUAAUGGAAUAAGAAUGGAAUGACACAGAAAGUAGCGGCGUACGUGGCAUAUGGCGCAUAUUGUGAGAAUUAGACUGUGUUCAUGCUUUUAAGGAUGAAUAUUAUUUGGUGGAAUUUUUGUUUCUGUUAAAAUGUGUGUGUGUCUAUUUAUAGAAACAUUUGGAGCACUGGACUGUAGUGGUCAAAAGAGUUUGUAAACUGCUGGGCUAGGCGUCAGUACUCUCUUAAUAGAUGGUUUGCAUCUGAGGUGGGGCCGGCAGGCUCAGACAGCUCUGGGUGACCCUGGGUGACUGCGGCUUGGCGGCCCUCCUGUUCCAGGCUCCUCAAAGUGAACAAGAGAAGCCCAGGCUUGGGAAAGGAGAGUUGUGUCUUCCAGCUGUGAGUGCUGGGGUUGGGCCAGUCCUAGGAGGGCUGCCUUAGAAGGGCCUGGACUUCCAGGCGCCAGGUGGCCAGGGUCUCCAUGGAGCCCAGAAGGAGUGAGGAGAGGUGGUUGGCAUUCAGGCAUAGCGGGCAGUGACACCUGGCAAAGCCAGCCAGACCCUACCCCUCAGAUCACAUGAACAUCUUGGCUCAUGCUUGAAAAGUUGGCAUCCUAGUGUCCCCUGUGGGGGGGUGCAUGGACCAGUAUGAGGUGUGGCCGGCUGUCUCUUGCCCUUCCUACCCCUUUGGGACCUCUAUGGCCAGGUUGAAGCAGGCCCGUGGCUGGCUGGGAGCUGUUUAUUUUGGGUUAACAGGCUCUGGCUAUAUUUACCUUGUGAAGCUGCUUGCAAUCUGAUCUGAUUUCUCUGGGACUCAGCUGGGGCCCUGGGAGUCGCCUGCCAGAUUCCAUGGGGCCCCCCGACUUUACUCUUCCUACCCAUGGGGAGAUUUCCCAAGCUGGAAGCGUUCUGGAAAAAGUAGUGGCUUUUAUUCCUGUGAACAGUUUCCAUCAGGAUCCAUGAUUUGUGCCAACUGUUCCUUUACGCAGCACUGAACUUGGUCGCCAGUGCGGGGACGGUGGCAAUGGUGGAGGUGCAGCUGGACGCUGAGCAUGACUACCCGCCGGGGCUGCUCAUUGCCUUCAGUGCCUGCACAACGGUGUUGGUGGCCGUGCACCUGUUUGCGCUCAUGAUCAGCACCUGCAUCCUGCCCAACAUCGAGGCAGUGAGCAACGUGCACAACCUCAACUCGGUCAAGGAGUCGCCCCACGAGCGCAUGCACCGCCACAUCGAGCUGGCUUGGGCCUUCUCCACCGUCAUCGGCACGCUGCUCUUCCUGGCUGAGGUCGUGCUGCUCUGCUGGGUCAAGUUCUUGCCCCUCAAGAAGCAGCCGGGCCAGCCACGGCCCACCAGCAAGCCCCCAGCCCCCGGCGCGGUGGCCAAUGUCAGCAGUGACGACGCUAGUGGCAUCACCCCGGGCCAGGCCGCCGCCAUCGCCUCCACCACCAUCAUGGUCCCCUUCGGCCUGGUCUUCAUCGUCUUUGCCGUCCACUUCUACCGCUCACUGGUCAGCCAUAAGACGGACCGACAGUUCCAGGAGCUCAAUGAGCUGGCCGAGUUCGCCCGCUUGCAGGACCAGCUGGACCACAGAGGGGACCACCCCCUGACGCCUGGCAGCCAUUAUGCCUAAGCCCCGCCAGGCCUGGGCACUCCUAGCUUUGGCCUUAUGCCCUUCCCCAUGACCUUGUCCUGCUCCAGCCUCAAGGACAGCCUGUGCAGGAUUCCAGGCUUUCAUCAGGGGGCAGAGAGUGGAGGGAAGAGUCUCUUUUGAAAGAGAAAUGACUGCACUUUGAAACUUUCCUCUAAGAGAAUAAGCACUUCCUGUCCUUCCAGCUCCAGGUUCACCUCCUGUUAGGAGGCCACCGGUGGGAGCCAGAGCAGGGACAAAAGCUCCCUUUGUCCCUCCUCCUCCCCCAUGCCAGUGCCACCUGGACUCUUCCUGUCCUUUCCUCUUGACCUGCCCAUCCUGUUCAGCGUCGUCGAGUGUGUGCGUGUGUGUGUGAACACAUAAAUAUACUCAUAAGGGACACCU